AUGGCAAGUCAUGAUGAAACAAUAAUGUUUCGUGAUCGAGUUGAUGCUGGUCGUCGAUUAGCAGCUCACAGUGAAUUACAAAAAGUGAAAUCAUUAUCACCCAAUGAAAAAGAUUCACAUCUUGUUAUUAGUUUACCACGUGGUGGUACAGUUGUCGGCGAUGAAGUUGCUAAACUAUUGGGAAUAACUCAUGAUUUAGUAUUUCCAAGAAAAAUUCCAUGUCCAGGACAGGAAGAAUUUGCUAUUGGUGCUGUAUCAGAAUUUGGCAAUGUUUUUUGGAAUGAUUAUGCUAAAAAACACAAUCUUAUUAAUGAUCCAAGUGUACAAGAGAGUAAAAAUAAACAAAUUGAGGAAGCUCAAAGACGAAAACAAAUUUAUCGUGGAAAACGUCAACCAAUAAAUGAUUUAAGUGGAAAAACAGUUAUAUUAGUCGAUGAUGGAUUAGCUACAGGUACUGAUUUAAAUAUACAGCAAAUAAUCUAG